AUGGUAAACGGACGCGCUUUGCCCGAGAGGAGGAAUCCUCUUCUUGAGCCUACGGAAUCAACAAUCGUUGAUAUUUUGAUCCAGAGGCGCCGACUGGGGCAGACGAACCUGGGCGUCAGGCCUGGCAUUUCCGGUCUUACCAACGCGACCCAGCCGGAGAACAUGGGCACUUUUGACUACGCGCAUCUGAGAGUCCCCCUUCCCAAGGAUCUCAAAGACUCGGGCAUCUUCAUGGCGAACAAGCCAUCCGCGCAGAACAAGGAUCGCAGAGAGUUGACUUUCCCGGAAUCAUACUUUUUGAUGCGACGCAGCAGUGACGGCUACAUUAGUGCGACCGGCAUGUUCAAGGCUGCAUUUCCAUGGGCUUCGCUCAUUGAAGAGGACGCGGAGCGCAAGUACCAGAAGACGUUCCCAUCUGCCGGUGCCGAGGAGGUUGCUGGAAGCGUGUGGAUUGCGCCUGAAGAGGCUCUCGCACUCUCUGAAGAAUACGGCAUGCGCCACUGGAUAGAGGCUCUCCUUGACCCCACGCCUAUCGAGAAGGGCAACAAGGAUAAAUCGAAUUCCCACAUACAAAUGCCACCAAAGUUUGACGUCAAGAACGCCCAGCCCGCCAUUCUUCCAACGCCCACCGCUCGCCCAGUCCGCGCUCGCUCCACUCGAUCCGUAUCACCUAGUAAAGGCGCUACCCCGAGCCGCAAGUUUGCAACCCCGCGCAAGUCUCGAUCCACAAGGAGCGGGAUGAAGCCCGACGCCACCAAGGGAGAUGACUUGUAUGCAUCGUUUGGCGCUGUUACGCCAUCGACUGCGCUACAGACCUCAAUUGCAAACGGCACCACACCCUCUGUCUCGUCAUUCGACGGCGAUGUCAAAGAGAAGGAGGUAGAUGAGACUGAGUCUGAGCAAGAAGUCAAAGAAGGAACAGUGCACAUUGAGGUCCAGCAGACUGUCGAGACAAAUGGCGACACAGAGAAGACCAGCACCAAUGUCACCGUCGAUGUCCCACAUGACCACCCCGCGCUUCCUGAGCCAGAAGACCCGGCCGCUCUGAUCGCAGAGGCGAAGCGCAUGGUCGCAGAGGCACAAAAGCUUGACGAGGAAUCGUCAGCGGGGCCCGUCAAGUCAACAAAGCGGGGUAUCGAGGAUGUCUUGGACGAUGAGGACAUUGCGGAAGAGCGCUUGAACAAGCUAGCAAAGGUCGCAUACACCACUGAGCAAAAGAUGACAAAGGAAAAAGUCACACGGAGGGCACUCGUAGGUGUGGGUAUCAUGGCAGCUAUUGGAACGGCUUUCCAGUACCUCGUAUAG